ACAUGGCUGCGGAUAAGCGUUUGAACAGUUGAUUGGUUAAAAUGUGUGUCUGUAGAUGAUGCCUUCAAAAAAUCGGCCAAUACACAUUCGAGCUGACGCGUAUGGGGCGGAUCUAGCUGUAGUAUAAAAAGAGGUUUGAGCCAGCCAUUGUGCACGCAGAUAAAGAAAGGCAAAGUCAUUCCACGAAAGGUCUACCAUUCUUCCAGACAGAAAAAUGAGGGAAAUUGUGCAUCUUCAAGCCGGACAGUGCGGAAACCAGAUUGGCUCUAAGUUUUGGGAGGUGAUUAGUGACGAGCAUGGUAUUGACCCAACUGGUUCAUACCAUGGUGACAGUGACCUGCAGCUUGACAGGAUCAAUGUCUACUACAAUGAAGCCUCAGGUGGUAAAUAUGUACCCCGGGCUGUGCUAGUCGAUCUGGAGCCAGGCACCAUGGACUCUGUGAGGUCUGGACCUUUUGGCCAGAUCUUCAGACCAGACAACUUUGUGUUCGGGCAAAGUGGUGCUGGCAACAACUGGGCUAAGGGUCACUACACAGAGGGUGCAGAGCUGGUGGACUCUGUCAUGGAUGUGGUGAGAAAGGAGGCAGAAAGCUGUGACUGCCUUCAGGGCUUUCAGCUCACACACUCCCUGGGUGGUGGUACAGGCUCUGGUAUGGGCACCCUGCUCAUCAGCAAGAUUAGGGAGGAGUACCCUGACCGCAUCAUGAACACCUUCAGCGUGGUGCCUUCCCCAAAAGUAUCAGACACAGUUGUUGAGCCCUACAACGCCACACUAUCUGUCCACCAACUUGUAGAAAACACAGAUGAGACCUUCUGCAUCGACAAUGAGGCCCUGUAUGACAUCUGUUUCCGCACCCUCAAACUCACCACCCCCACAUACGGUGACCUCAACCACUUGGUCUCUGUUACCAUGAGCGGUGUCACCACCUGCCUCAGGUUCCCUGGACAGCUCAAUGCUGACCUGCGUAAGCUUGCUGUAAACAUGGUGCCAUUCCCCCGUCUGCACUUCUUCAUGCCAGGCUUUGCUCCCCUCACUGCCAGAGGCAGUCAGCAGUACAGUUCACUCACUGUCCCUGAGCUCACGCAGCAGAUGUUCGACGCAAAGAACAUGAUGGCUGCCUGCGACCCCCGUCAUGGUCGCUACCUGACAGUGGCUGCCAUCUUCCGUGGCCGCAUGUCUAUGAAGGAGGUGGAUGAGCAGAUGCUGAAUGUGCAGAACAAGAACAGCAGCUACUUUGUUGAAUGGAUCCCCAACAACGUCAAGACUGCGGUUUGCGACAUUCCUCCCCGCGGCCUGAAGAUGUGCGCCACCUUUAUCGGAAACAGCACAGCCAUCCAGGAGCUGUUCAAGCGCAUCUCUGAGCAGUUCACAGCUAUGUUCAGGCGCAAAGCUUUCCUCCACUGGUACACUGGCGAGGGUAUGGAUGAGAUGGAGUUCACAGAGGCAGAGAGCAACAUGAAUGACCUGGUGUCUGAGUACCAGCAGUACCAGGAUGCCACUGCUGAAGAAGAGGGAGAGUUUGAGGAAGAGGGUGAGGAGGAGCUGGCCUAAAUAAGGGGUGAGAAGAAGCUGACCUAAUGUGUCACUUUAGAAAGCGAAGAGUGAUGUUCAAAAGUACUUUCCAGUUUUCAGUGGUCUGUCUGCGGUUCCAUUGUUGCAUGUUAAAUAAAUUCUUCUGAAUAUUUUGAAGUCUA